GAGAUUUUAUAUUUUGUAGGCCUGGGACUACAUUUUUGUCUUUGGUUAGGUGACCUAUAAAAAGAUUAUGUUAAAUUGUCUUGUCAUUCUUCCCUUGUGUGCAGAUAAUGACUCACCUGUCAAUCCAAGGCCUGAAUUCAGCCUGCAGAAAGCUACUAAACUAGCACUGCAGCAUUAUGGAGUCACUGUUAAAGAGAUCUCCACCCUGCCUAGUUAUAUGGACCAGAACUUCCUGGUGAUGGAUGAACCAGGUACCAAGUACGUCCUGAAGAUCAUGAACUCAGAGGAGAGUAAGAACACCACCCUGCUGGGGCUGCAGACCCUCGCCAUGUCCUUUCUACGCUGCCAUGGAAUUCCUGCUCAGACUGCUAUUCCCACGACAACGGGGCAGCUCAUGACUAUGGCGGAAACAGACUGUGGACAUGGUGCUCAGACCUACUGUGUGAGGUUGAUGACUUAUCGCCCUGGAAAAACCAUUACACAAUCUCCAGUCAAAACGCAGGAUCUUUAUCAUGUUGGCAAGUUGGUGGCCACCAUUGAUAAGACAUUGCAACAGCUGGUGUCUCCUAACCUGGAUGUCUUAGAAAGAGAUGGGAUACUUUGGAGCUUGUCUAAUAUUCCUCUCCUGGAGGGUUACCUGUCAGUGAUGGAUGGAGAUCCCCUGCAGGAAGUUGUCAAAGCAGUCAUAGAACAGUACAAAUCACAUGUGCAGCCCAAAAUCAACGCCUUCCAAAAAGGAAUAAUACAUGGGGACUUGAGUGACCAGAACCUUCUUGUCACACCUGUUGACAGCGGGCUUCAUGAGGUGUCAGGCGUCCUGGACUUUUCUCUGCUCAUGAACGGAUGCUACGUGUUUGAACUGGCUAUAACAAUCAUGUACUUGAUGCUGGAGAACCCACAUCCUUUGGAUGUAGGUGGAGCAGUGUUAGCAGGCUGGGAGAGCAUCAUGCCGCUCAACAAUAAUGAAAAGGAUUCCCUCUUCCUUCUGGUGCUCGGCCGCCUCUGCCAGUCUCUGGUUUAUGGAAGGUAUAACGCCAAAAAAUACCCAGACAACAAGGAAUAUCUCCUGACUACGGCCAAAAGUGGGACUCGGCUUGUCACUAAACUCUGGAAGCUGGGCAAGACAGAAGUGGAGAGGAAAUGGUUCACAGACGCCAGCACAUUCUCAGUCAGUCAAUAAGAUACAAAUUUUCAUAAAGUGAAAGAUAGUAAAGAUUUUUUUCACAAAGCAUCUCUCAAUUUUAACAAAUUCAUUUGCUGUGGAAAGCUGUGAAAGCUAAAAAUAAAACUGAAAGAUGAACACUAGAUGGAGACAUCCUCCCACUCAUGCCUUAUUCUGCACCUAUCCCCUUUAGUCAAUCAAUAAUUCACCCUCACGUUCAGGCCUCAAGACCUUUAAAUCCUUACCAAAUUCAACCUGAAUUGUUUUAGAUAGUCAUGUGAGAUUUAGAGGAAUCUCUGUGUAGUUGUAAAAAAAAGUAUGUGAAACAAAGCUUACAUCCUUUAAAAUUGGAAUAGAAAGUAAACACCUCCAUGGGACAUUAACCACAACCGGGCUCAACAGUAUGAGACGAUAUAAGGAGAACACACAUAGCCAGCAAAGUUAUGCAAUUUAUUUCAAUGAAGUUAUGAAGUUACAAGGUGUUAAGCUUGUGAGGAAGUUAGUAUGUAUGCAGUUUUGAGUGUGUGAAUGCAUAUGAAUCUAACACAAAAUGCAAACAAAAAGCUGGAGGCAGUCUGUAGGCCAGUGAAGAGAGUGAGAAGACUGAGCAGGUCUGCCUUAUGGCCUCCUGAAACCAGCCUCAGACUAAAUGACUGAUUUAAAAAAAGGGACGUGAUACCGAUCGCUAUAGGCAAACAUUAAGAAAAGACAAAUGUAGUUAAAGACACAAAAUAGCAUUAAAAGAACAAUGGAGUUAAAAUUCUAGUAAAAUCUGGAUAGGCUCUGAAAUAACAACAAUGUUUAAGAUAGGACUUAAACAUAAACAUGGACUCCCCUCAAGUUUUCAGCCAGAGAAAAAACCUCUACCAGAGUAUUGACAUAUACUCAUCAGCAGCAGGAGCUCUGUGGUCACGUGAGGUCAGGUUUUUUUUGUUUCAAAUAAAAUACCUGGAACCUAAAUGUACGACUGUAAACAAGAGUGUGAUGCUUGAAGUAAAAUACACAACUACCAAUUAAAUAUUAAAAUAU